GGCGGCGGCGGCGGCGGCGCGAGCGAGGCUGUGGCGGGGACGGCGGUCGGGGUAGCGGGCGCCGCAGUCGGGGAAUAGCUGCGAGGUUGGCGGCCGCGGGCGCCAGCGCAGGGCGGGCCGGGCGGUUGACAGAGUGGACGGCGCGUCACGGGUGGCAUUGUGUGUCCCAGUGCGCAAGAAUAGCCCCAGAAGAGGAAAGGCUGAGCCCAGAGCUCCUCAGCAGGGAAGAUUCCCUUCCCCCCUGCUUCAGGCUGCUGAGCACUGAGCGGCGCUCAGAAUGGAAGCCAUCGCCAAAUAUGACUUCAAAGCUACUGCUGACGAUGAGCUGAGCUUCAAAAGGGGGGACAUCCUUAAGGUUUUGAAUGAAGAAUGUGAUCAGAACUGGUAUAAGGCAGAACUCAAUGGGAAAGAUGGCUUCAUCCCCAAGAAUUACAUAGAAAUGAAACCACAUCCGUGGUUUUUUGGCAAAAUCCCCAGAGCCAAGGCAGAAGAAAUGCUUAGCAAACAGCGGCACGACGGGGCCUUCCUAAUCCGAGAGAGUGAGAGUGCUCCUGGGGACUUCUCCCUGUCUGUCAAGUUUGGAAACGACGUCCAGCACUUCAAGGUGCUCCGUGAUGGGGCCGGGAAGUACUUCCUGUGGGUGGUGAAGUUUAACUCUCUGAACGAGCUGGUGGAUUACCACAGAUUGACGUCCGUGUCCAGGAACCAGCAGAUAUUCCUACGGGACAUAGAGCAGGUGCCGCAGCAGCCAACGUACGUCCAGGCGCUCUUUGACUUUGACCCCCAGGAGGAUGGCGAGCUGGGCUUUCGCAGAGGAGACUUCAUUCAUGUCAUGGAUAACUCAGAUCCCAAUUGGUGGAAAGGGGCCUGCCAUGGGCAGACCGGCAUGUUCCCCCGCAAUUACGUCACCCCAGUGAACCGGAACGUCUAAGAAACAGAAGAGAUUAUUUAAAGAAAGUGAAAAGUUGAGACCGUUCACAAGAAUUACGCCCACGUGCUGCCUGUCACAGGCUGUGCGGGAAUGCAGAACACCUGGCUGGGUCCCAUGGACGACCCUCUCACUUAGGUUGCAACUUUGGGGGGUGGGAAGGGGUGUUUGAUUUCAUAAUGCCAAAACUUAACCUAUUGAAUGAAUUACAAUUUUUAUUACGGAAUCUCGCCGCUACUCCUGUUCCCCUCCUGUGUCCUUUUUCUUGUUCUUUCUUUCUUUCCUGUCCAGUGCAUGAUGUUUGAGGCCACAUAUAGUCCAGCUGAUGCCAAUAAUAAAAGAAAAGAAACCAAGUGGGCUGUAUUUUCUCUAUGCAAAAUGUCUGUGGAGAUGGAUGGAUUAAAAGAACCAGCUUCUUCACACACGGGGCAGCCAGUGCUUCUGGAGUUCUUGAUUGGGGUUCUACCAGAGAUGGCCAAGGGUGUCUGCUCCUUCUCCAGCCUCAGGCCUGGAGCAGUCCAUCAAAGUUGGAAUUAGGGGAAGGAGACCUGCUGCCCAUCAAUGGUCUCCUGAGAGUUAGACUGACGACCUGCCCCUCCCCCACUGCUUCCCUUCAGGUGUCUCAAGACGUCGUUUUCAUAGUGCCUUUGUCUUAUUUCAAGGGUGUUCAUGAGUGGUGUGUUACCUUUUUUUUUUUUUUUUUUUUUAAUGAGUUAAAGGCAGUCCAGAGCUUUUCUCCUCCUGUGUAAAUAUUUUCCUCUCGGGGCAGGGGAAAGAGCACAGAGAGCUGGUAGAAGCAGAGGGUGUAUUUCCCAUCUUGAUUGAGCCAGAGGUCUCGAAGCUUCAACUUUGACGUUGUGAGGUGUGACGCUUGCUUCAGCUCAGACUCACCGGAUGUCAGAGUCCCUGCCCUCCAGGUCUCAGUUGUGGUCUGUCCUUUCUGUGCCUGGACCCACUAAGCAUCAACACGGGACAGGCAGAGGAGCGGGUGGCAUCCUUCACUCUCAGAGGCCUACAGGCAGAUGGGAGUUGGAAAUAUUGGCCUUUCAUUUUUUCUUGCUCUUACAAUUAAGUCCUCGCUCUCACUUGUGCAUUUUCCCGUCUGUCCAAGAGUGCAGAUAGCAGGACUGUGGGCUUGGUUGCAUCUCUGUUCACCCUGGGUUGUGUUUGCAGCUGCUCUGCUGACCCACUGCCCCCAUCCUAUGAAGCCUUUUGAGGUAGGAAAGACCAAGACCAAUGCAAAGCUUUUUAAAUCUUGUCUCUUGUGAGCUUUCCGCCCUCUGUAGUCACGUGCCUGCACACCGUUUCUCUUUGCGCAGCCUCCCUCCAGCAGAAACAAGGCUACUCCUGGGUCCUCCCUUGGAGUUGGUGGCAUCCAUGGGCUGCUAGACUCGUGAGGGUGUAUUCUCCCCUGGACUCUGUUUUGUGCGAUGGACUCAGCUCUGAGCACCCCUAAGGCCCUGGAGGCAGCCUUGUGGGCGGAGCACGUUCCCACCCCUCCUGGUUCUGCUGCUGCUUUCCCUGCUGAUAAAAGUAAUCUCUGGAGUUACACCUGGGCCAUUUGAUUGUUUUAUUUUGGAGUUGGUGUAUAUCAUGGAGCCUUGCUGAACUAAGUUUUGUGUGUAUAUAUUUAAAGAUCAGUGUUUAAAUAAAGAAAAAAAAAACCUAUGUCCUUACUCCUCUAACUUCUGCAGAUAGCAAUUUGGUAAGUAGUGAUUAACUGUGAAUAAACAUACAAUGAAUUCUUAA